AUGUCUGGUACUUCUCUCCGACACACCUCGCGCGCUCUACGCGCUCUACCUGCACGGUUUACAUCCCGCAACACCUCUUGGGUUGCAUUCGAGCAGCCCAACGCCUCCAACUAUGCGGCACCUCAGCCACCCAAGGCGUCACACACGGACGGCCGUCCCGAGAUCAUCAGAAAUACUACCGGUAGUGGCGCCACCUUGUUUACCCAGAAGACCUCUGCAACGGUCACCGCCUCGACAGCCCGCAAGCCCGACACGGGGUUGAUGGCUGCUGGCGCGAUGCGCAUCCCUUCCCAGCUCCGAACAGUCAUCACGGCGAGAGGCGCCUCGCAGAACCGUCCGUACACACGGGUUAGGGGCGGGCUCUGGCGCGACGAGUAUCUGCCGGACCUCUUCGUCAAGCUGGACGGUCACCCCAUGACCUGGAGAUUGGGGACCUACAAGCAACUAGAGGCCAUCGACAGGCAGUCUAUGGUGACGGCAGGUUUCUACCAGGGCUCUACCCACAUCACCAAGGCAGUCGACGCUGAGCUGCCUGAGUCAGAAGCCGCUCAACCCGAAUCAACGACCCCAUCGUCUCAUCUGAACCAUCUCAAGACGGAGCGCGAUCGCAUGGCCCGGUUGGUCGAACACCACGAGAAUGAGUUCUUGGACGUUUACAGCAUUUGA